CUGGUGUUUUGUUAAUGCUCGUAUAGUUCGCAUGCCUUCUUUAAACGUAGCUACUUGGCUAUACAACUAGCUAAUGGGACGCAUGCGCAGUGGGGUGUUGGGCUUCAGCAACUUAUCUUGGCGGAAGAAGUUAAAUUCUGGUGCAAAGUUUCAGUUUACACAAUCAGCUACUCGAGGAAGAGGUAGCAGUGGGUCCAUAGCAGAGCAAGUGGGUAAAAAAAAUCUGACUUAAACCUGAUGUAUUUCUCAUAGUCGCGUAGUUAUUUAAGUAUCCAUUCGGCAGGUGAGCUAACUGUGAGUAAAGAUGAGGUUUAGUAGUGCUUUUGUGUGCGUGCUUUUGCUUUGUGUUAACUGUUGUUGGGGUGACACACCGGCCAACUGCACCUAUGAGGACCUGCUGGGGACAUGGGUCUUCCAGGUGUCCAAAGGAGGAUACGACAAGACCGUCAACUGCUCCGCUACAGGUUCGUUUUCAGCCACAGGUGAACGCACUGUCACCGUGACCCUGGAGAAACUGUCUGUAGCCACAGAUGAACUGGGAAACACAGGCUUCUUCACCCUCAUCUACAACCAGGGCUUUGAGGUGGUCAUCGGUGGCUACAAAUGGUUCGCCUUCUUCAAGUACUCUCAAGAUGGCCCUGAGGUGACCAGCUACUGUGACCAGACCCUGCCAGGGUGGGUCCAUGAUGUCCUGGGACGCAACUGGGGCUGCUUUGUAGGGAAGAGGGUGAACCCAGUUCCACUCCGAAAAGAUUACAAACCACUUUUCAAAAGCAGUCUGCUCCAGAAACCGUACAAACACAACCUGGACUUCAUUGAUUUCAUCAACUCUGUUCAGACAUCCUGGAAAGCUACGGCAUAUCCAGAGCAUGAGAUGUACACGUUACAGGAGCUGCAUUACAGAGCAGGGGGUGCUGCUUCCCGUGUCCCUGCCCGCGUUCGCCCUGCGUCUGUGAAAGCUGAUUUAGCCAAAAUGGCAGCUUCUCUUCCUGAGCGUUGGGAUUGGAGAAAUGUCGACGGUAUUAACUUUGUCAGCCCUGUGAGGAACCAAGCAUCGUGUGGCAGCUGCUACUCCUUCGCCGCCAUGGGAAUGCUGGAAGCUCGUGUUCGAAUUCUCACCAACAACAGCGAUACUCCUGUCCUCAGCCCUCAACAAGUUGUCUCCUGUUCUGAAUACUCUCAAGGCUGUGAUGGAGGAUUCCCAUACCUGAUCGGGAAGUACGUGCAGGAUUUCGGCAUUGUCGAUGAGUCAUGCUUUCCAUAUACUGCAAAAAACUCUCCAUGUGGCGUUCCUGAAAGCUGCAGCCUAAUGUACACGGCAGAGUACGGCUAUGUUGGGGGGUUUUAUGGCGGAUGCAGCGAGGCAGCCAUGAUGUUGGAACUGGUCAACAAUGGGCCAAUGGCAGUGGCCCUGGAGGUCUACCCUGACUUCAUGCACUACAAGGAGGGCAUCUACCACCACACAGGCCUUACAGACGCCUUCAAUCCCUUUGAGCUGACCAACCAUGCUGUGCUGUUGGUGGGCUACGGCCGCUGCCACAUGACUGGGCAGAAGUACUGGAUUGUCAAGAACAGCUGGGGAAACACCUGGGGCGAGAACGGCUUCUUCCGAAUCCGUAGAGGAAAUGACGAGUGUGCUAUUGAGAGCAUCGCAGUCGCAGCCAAACCCAUCCCCAAACUGUAGAUGCUGGAAACUUGGGAUUGGAGGAAAUUAGCGCCUUAAUGAGUCUAAAUCUUGUAAAUGAGAUAUUAUCCCCAUGUAGCUCACCUGAUUUUCAUGCCAAAAUUUUUAACAUUUGACAGAAGUUGACAAAAUUUAUCACAUGGGAAGCAGUUGUCUUGCAUUUUUUUCCUUCCCUAUCUACCAAGUGGAGUUGGCCAGAAAACUGCAGAUCAGCAUGAAAUGUUGCAGAUUUUUUUCUUUGUUUUUUGCCUUUAGCGUGAAUUUUCCUCAAUGCAAAAUCUGAAACAGAAUGUCUUCAGGAUGUGAGUUUCAAACAUUUUUUAAGCCUCAAAGGUUUCAUCUGUCAGCUGUCAAAUUAAAUGUUUACAGUAAUCAUUCAAAAUUAUGUGUGGUGCAGUAAAUAGGAGGAAUUGGAGGUGGAGCAUGUAACAGAACCACUCCAGCUGGCAACUGUUCUGCACUCACUGUAAUUGCACUGAAAAAAUAGUUGGAAUAUUUUCUAAAAAAUUUUACCACACACUAAUAGAUUACAGCACCUUAACUGAUUUUCUUGAUGUUUAAAACGUUGAAUUGGUCCUGUCUAUUAAUGUGUGUGUCCCUCACUUUGAUGUUGGCUGAUUUCAGCAUUUACUGAUGAGCUGCCUAUUAAAUUCAAGCUGUAACUGCCAAUAGAAACUUGGAGUUGAAAUGGAGUGGUGCACACAGUGACAGGUUGUAAAUUUUAAUUGUAAUGCUUUAAAGGGAACUGAACUCUGUGUUUGAUUGUAAGGUGCAGGACUUUGAUCUUUCUCUCGCUCAGGAAAGCAUAACAGAAUUUGUGUAUCUUCUUGCACCAAAUUGCCACCAAGGCUGCCACAUUUCUUUGUAGAGUGUUAUCUGAGGAGCUUUUAAAAGGAAUUUCUCAAUAAAGGGAUGCAACACA